AUGGAUCCCCAAUCAUGUUAUGUUGGUAAACUUGCCGUGGAAACUCUUUCUCAAAUAUUUAUGCUAGCUGCAUAUGGUGCACCCAGCGAAUCCCUUCAAAGUGUCGCAAUGCCACAUGUACUUGCAUCUGUGAAUCUGCACUGGAGAGCAGUAGCGCUCUGCAAUCACAGCUUGUGGUCAAGUCUUGUUAUUGAUCUUCAGAAGGUCAUCCACAAGCAAACCAGUGGGGGCUUAACACCAUUGACCACAAUGAUCGCAAGAUCAGGAUGGUCCUCCGUGGAUAUUAUUAUCAGAGCUCAACAAGGACCAAUGUCAGGUACUGAGGAAAUGAUGAGAAGAAAAACUGACUUCACUAAAACAAGGUCCGAAUAUGCUGACUGUAUGCCCGCUAUUUUCAACCUUUUAUUGCCUGAGAUGUAUCGAUGGCGUUCACUGGAAAUCAUCAGUGACACUUGGAUGCCAAUUUAUAGCGCCCUCCAACUUCUCAAUGAACCCAGGACAGAGAGCUCAAGCGCUCUACGCCUUGAGUCCAUAAAGCUCAAGAGAACCAACGACUACCUUUCUCGCUACUGGCUCUUCUGUCCAAGCAUAAUGAAGAUGGUAGAAGGGACCAUGUUCGCUGCAUUGAUUGGAGCUACAAAUCAAGAUGUCCCAGUGCAAUCCCCCCCUCUUCCAAAACUGCGAAAUAUAACUCUAUACGGUGUUCACUUGAACUGGACAAAUUUCUUUUGCUAUACUCUCAGCGCAACCCCUAAUCGGUCACCUACUAUCAGUAACUCUAUCCAGGUGCUGGAGCUCUCCCAUCAUAGCGGAGAAGUCAGGCCAACGUCUGAAGAGUUUUCAGGGAUCCUUGCAGCUUGUCCUCGCCUGAAAAAACUUGUGCUUAGGAUCUCUGGCCCGCUAAAUGGACUUUCAGGCCACGUAUCACUUCCACAGCUUCAGGAGCUUCACUACGGAUAUUGUUGUAUUGGAGAUGACAUUGGGCUAUUUAGUGGGCUUCAUGCCCCCAAUCUUGUCAAACUCUCUUUAGAGGGUCGAAAUCUAUCUGGUACCACAUAUUCGCCCACCCAGGAUGACGGUGAAGAUGACAAAGCUGAUGACAUUCUGAAAUACUGUACAACUCAUGCCUUGUUUCCAAAACUGCAGGAAUUGUCGCUCUACAACGUCAACGUACCAGUGAACACAUUCGCUCUCCUCUUGGACACUAUUCCCACACUCCUUCAUCUGUUGCUGCAUCGCACACCAAAUGCACUCCUGGCUCUGUUACCCAUCCAGAAGCCUUUGGCAGGUGCUGGUAUACCCUGCCCGCCCUUGAAUCCAUCCACAUCUUCCCAAAUUCCCAUAAGGACAGCCUUAUUGUUACACUGA